AUGAUACUACAAUAUUCUCAAACCCAGCAGAUUCUUCUGAGCAUACCCGAUGACGACUUCAUGGAUUGUAUAUCCGUGGAUACUGGCAAUGAUACCAAGGUUGGUCCGCUGGUCCACCAGAAACUUGCAGAAUUGGAUGGGGUCUCUCGGGUCAUGUUCGAUGCGGCCCGCAGGGCUCAAGCAGAGAUCCAGCACUACCUCACAGCAGAGGGAGAGAGUGAAUUCGUAUCGGUCGGCAAGGCGGGUCCAGUUGAACUCAUGGCCAGACCGCCCCCUGUUGGGGAAAAAUUCCAGGUUAUGAUGGGCCGCCGUUCAUUCGGGCGUCACGAGAUUGACUUGAAUAGCUUACUGGAUACGCUGAUGGACCCAACUGCAUUGUCCAAGUACAAUCCACAUGCAUCAGAUGGUCGAAUUCUGAGGAAGGGCCUGAUUGAUGAACCCGAACGGCGACUAGAUCUACAGUACGCCACAUUUAAAGGUACUGGGAGCGGCUUGUUGAGCAUUGGGAUGUGCAGCAAAACAGAUUGUCCUUACCAGGACCCGCAACCCGGCUUAGUGAGGUGUGAGUUCUUAUGCUAUGGCUAUGCGAUAAUGAGAGACCCGCAGACAGGAGAGCUCAGUGUUACUAUGUUCAGCCAAGCUGAUCCUGGUGGCAAUGUGCGGAACAUACCAACUUGGAUAGCGAAUAAAGGCCAGAGGGCACAACCAGCGAGCCUGAAUCACUUAUAUAAUCUCCUUAAAGCGGACCAGAGAUACUUCCAAUCGGUGGCCAUGCGUGAACCGUGUGCAGUAGUCGUUGCAGCCGACCAUUCGAAAUCAGCAGAGGUUGUUGUGGCGGCUAUUGCCUGGUAUGAAUUCUCUUUCCCCAAGUACAGUAAGUAG